UAUUUUUCUUUUUACCAAAAAUUAAUAAUUUUUUUCCGUAAUCUUUGCUUGUCCGACGCUCACCAAAAUUCUUAAAUUAUGAGAAAUUUGCAAACUUCGAUAUACACAAGUUUUAGUUUGAUUACCAAUAAAAUUUAUGAUUUCGUACGUCUUUGCGUUUUAACUCAAUGAAGUGACUUGUCGUUGCUUUGGAAAUCUUGUGUAUAAUGAGUUUUUGUGUGAGACGAAAUUAAAUUUGAAAUAUAGUCGAUAAAAAUCCAUUAAAACAAAUUUUCACAAAUUCAGCUGCAUACCUAAUGAGCCUAAUUAAUUUUCUAAAUUCCAAACUAAAACCUUCGGUUGAGUGUGAUGCUAUUUGUCUUGAUGGAUACACAGCCGCCAAUCUAAUAGCUGAUGAUGUUGAACAACUUUCCCGUGGAUUUAUUGCCUACUCAAUUACAAAGCCGCCAGUUGAAAUGAUUUUUGGAUUUCCGAAGGGAAUAGAUUUAAAAGUAAUUAAACUGUGGAAUACGACUGGAUCAUUACGUUCUACAGCACUCGAAGUUCACGGAAAAUAUCAAGGAAUAUGGGAACGGGUUGCCUAUGUUCGUGAUAUAAAUAAAGAUGUUGACUGUGUAAUGUUUUGUUAUCAAAGUGAGUACAGUUCUCGGAGCAAUAAUGGAAAUGCCUUUCAACAAUGCAAUCAAAAGGUUUUCUUCUUCAAAACUGCUGGAAGAAUUUUAUCCGAUUGUAAUACCAUUAAGAUUAUUAUUUUGCAAACCUAUAAAUGUGCUCCCGUGUUACGAAAAGCAGAAAUCUGGGGUUUGCCUGCUCGGUCACUUUCGAAAGUAGACAAAGAACUUAUGAAAACUAUUUGGAAUGAAGUAGUGAAUCCUUUAGAAUUAAAGCAAUCUGUUCAAAGAUCUUUUAAAUCGUCAGAGCAGCAUACGUGUUCCAAUCUUAAUAUUCCAGAAGAAUUUUUAGAUACAAUAACAUGGGAAAUAAUGAUUUUCCCGACAGUCUUGCCUUCGGGUAAAGUAGUUGAUCAAAGCACUAUUGAUAAGCAUUCAGAAAUGGAAGCUAAAUGGGGUCGUACGCCUUCCGAUCCGUUCACAGGUCUAGAAUUCACAACUCAUCGUAAAGCGAUUUUAGAUAUUGGAUUAAAAGCCAGAAUUGAUAAGUUUCUAACAGAAAAUUCAGACCAUUUUAAAGCAGUACCACGUUCCUUGGGUUCGCGUUUACGUCGCAAUCAAAAUCGUCACGCAUCACAAUUUGCAAGUCUUUGUCAAGGUGAUACCAUAUCAAUGGGAGCUUAUUCUGCAUUAUUAACUGCAUCAAAUUAUACAAAUCCUAAGUCAACAGCAACCUCCUCUAUUGUUACAACAGAUGUACCGAUCAAACGAAUAAAGUUGACUGAUAAUGUUGAAACAUAUCGCUAUGAAACACCUUUAAUAACAUCUACCACUACACAACCAUCUACUACAACUACUGCAUCAUCACCGUUUUCUUCAAAUCACAUAUCAAGCAUAGACAAUGCUAUUCAAAAUGCUUUACAAAAAAUGUCACGCUUUACACAACCGUUAUCAAGAGAUUCCACAACUUGUAUUAAGUGUAAAACAAGUGAUUUCAGCCACAAAAUACAAACUUGUCAGCAUUUAAUUUGUCGUAGAUGCCUUGUAGAAUUAAUGAAAGACCAGCUAUGUACAUGUAAACAAAGCUUUAGUACUGCGGAUGUUGAGCGUUUUCACAAAUUGUAGUAAAUUUGUGUUCAACUAUGGAUUUUAAUAUCUUAACAAAAUCUACGUUGGAACUGAUAACAGAAUAUAGUCGCGUAUAUAAUUUUAAAAUAAAUUUUGAUUUGCAUGAAACUUAAAGUCUUGUUAAGGUACUCCAAACUUUAUGCUAUAAUUUUUGUUUAAUAAAAUUUAUUUUAACAAAAAACUAUGUUAUCUCAAUAAGUUAUAAUAUUUAAAAUAAAUUUCAAAACAUAAUAUUAUG